CACAUACCGGAGGAAAUUCGCACGAUUGCAGAGGGCGCGAAGUGACAAAUAAUUUGUGGGAGAAAAGAGAGGGGGUUCCGAGUCAAGCAGCUCGGGGUUCUCGUGACAACGCUGGACGUCUCGGGAGGCAAGGAAAGGCAAGGAAAAUUCAAGAACGGUCGAAUGGUUGGAAAUCCGGCGGGCAGAAAAAUAAAUCAACGAUCCCAAUCAAUCCAAAGCAAAAAGGAUCCAAAUGGCGGCGUAAAACAGAGGGUUCGCCUCAACUGGAAUCCGCCACGUGAGGGGGGAGGGGGAAAGCGACAGGCAGAGAGGGAUCGCCCGCAGCGGAUGUACGCAGGAUGUACGCAGGAUGUACGCAGGAGCACGGAGUAUGUCGGUCGGAAGGUGGAAGAAAUAGUCGAAAGGAGCUGGUCGACGGUGGGAGGAAGCAGGAGGAGGGGGAGACUAGAUUCCGAUGGACGAGGAGGGGCGAAACCCAAACGGUUUGGCAACGGAGUCAAGGUGGCAGAUCCAGGGGGAUGGAGAGAGGAAAGGGAAGAAAAGAAAGAAAGGAAGAAAAGGAAGAAAGAAGCCAGGACGCCGAGAUGACGAAGACGAACCGACUCAAAUAGUAAGGAUCAUAACCAGAAGAAUCACCAUACGAACCAACGACUCCGUAAUCCGACCGAUGCUAAGCCCAAACAAUGUUAGAAGAAAAAUUAAUUGGAAAUCAAACGAAAUAAAUGAAACGAAAGGAGAUUAUCCUGCUGCUACAGAAAAAUCGAAUCGACCAGGAAAUGAACUGAGAAGCGGCGGAGACGAUCCCUCCGGCCAGACUGGGAAAAGGAGCAGGUAUACAAAGAAUCCCCUAGUCUAUCCUUCUCGACACUGUCUACCUCCCCCCGCCGACUCUUCUGUCUCCGUACGUAUCAGAUCGCGCAUUUGGUCCCCGACCGGCGGGUUACACAGGGCCACUGGCCUCCGACUGUUUCUUGCGUCGUUCGCAUCGCAUCGCAAUGAUGAAACCGACAAGCGACGCAGCGCGAGAAUGGUUUCGGGUAGACACGAAAGUGGGUGAAGGCCAGGGCUGCUCUCCACCGUCAUCGAGCACGGCGAUUGGGUUGAUUCCGGUCGGUUCCAAGGGUCGGCUCAGCUGCGGAUGUGGUGCCAUCGAUCUAG